GAAGAGGAGGAGUGGAUACCAGCAACAGUAAAGUUGGCAUGUCCCGAUUCCUUCCCGCCGGCCCAGAGAGGAAGGGGCUGAUGGGACCUGUAGUCUCACCAUGAGCCUACAAGAUGGCGUCUGCGGCUCCGGUAGUGGCAGCAUGCGCCGGCGCCUGGAGGACCAGGAGUUGACGGUGCGCGUGUACCCGGGGCCGCUGGCGGAGGGCACCAUCUACUGCCCCCUCACCGCCCGCAAGAGCACCACUGCAGCGGAAGCCAUCGAGCGCCUCAUCGAGCGCCUCCACCUGGAGCGAACCAAAUGCUACGUGCUGGCGGAGGUGAAGGAGUUCGGCGGGGAGGAAUGGAUCCUGAACCCCGGCGACUGCCCCGUGCAGCGCAUGAUGCUGUGGCCGCGCAACGCGCUGGAGAACCGCGGCGGCCUGGGCAGCGGGGAGGACUACCGCUUCUUGCUGCGGGAGAAGAACUUCGACGGCUCCAUCCACUACGGCGGCAGCCUGCAGAUGUGGCUGCGGGUCACUGAGGAGCGCCGCCGCCUGGUGGAGCGGGGUUUCCUGCCGCAGCCGACGGGGGGCGAGCACCCGGCCGACCUCUGCGCCCUCCCGGAGCUGACGGAGCGCGCUUUGCUGGAAAGCCUCCGUGCGCGCUUCCGCCAGGAGAGAAUCUACACGUACGUAGGGAGCAUUCUUAUCGUGAUCAACCCUUUCCAGUUCCUGCCGAUCUACAACCCCAAAUAUGUCAAAAUGUACGACAACCACACCCUGGGUAAGCUGGAGCCUCAUAUCUACGCCGUGGCGGACGUGGCGUACCACGCCAUGCUGCAGCGCCGCAGGAACCAGUGCAUCGUGAUCUCCGGAGAGAGCGGCUCGGGGAAAACGCAGAGCACCAACUUCCUCAUACAUCACCUGACCGCGCUCAGCCAGAAGGGAUUCGCCAGCGGGGUGGAGCAGAUCAUCCUGGGGGCGGGGCCUGUUCUGGAGGCAUUCGGGAACGCCAAGACAGCACACAACAACAACUCCAGCCGCUUUGGAAAGUUUAUCCAAGUCAACUACCAGGAGAGUGGCACUGUCAGGGGUGCCUACGUGGAGAAGUAUCUGUUGGAGAAGUCACGUCUGGUGUAUCAGGAACACAAUGAGAGGAACUAUCAUGUGUUCUACUACCUGUUGGCGGGGGCGAGCGAGGAGGAGAGGAAGGCCUUUCACCUGCUCCAGCCUGAGGAGUAUCACUACCUAAACCAGAUGACAAAGAAAUCCCACAAACUGCCCUGGGACAAUUACUAUGAGAGCGAGCUGGACUGUUUCACAGUGGAAGGAGAAGAUCUGAAACACGACUUUGAGCGCCUGCAGCUAGCGAUGGAGAUGGUCGGCUUCCUCCCUGUCACACGCAAACAGAUCUUCUCUCUGCUCUCGGCCAUCCUCCAUCUGGGGAACAUCCGCUACAAGAAGAAGACGUACCGAGACGACUCCAUCGACAUCUGCAACCCCGACGUCCUGCCGAUCGUCUCUGAGCUGCUGGAGGUCAAAGAGGAGAUGCUGAUGGAAGCCCUGACGACCAGGAAGACUGUGACGGUCGGGGAGAGGCUCAUCGUUCCCUACAAACUUGCUGAGGCCGGCACAGUUAGGGACUCUAUGGCCAAGUCUCUGUACAGUGCACUCUUUGACUGGAUCGUGUUCAGGACCAACCAUGCUUUGCUCAAUAACAAGGACCUGGAGGACAAUGCCAAGAUUCUGUCCAUUGGCGUCUUGGACAUCUUCGGUUUUGAAGAUUAUGAGAACAACAGCUUUGAACAGUUCUGCAUCAACUUUGCCAACGAACGACUUCAACAUUACUUCAACCAACAUAUCUUCAAGCUGGAACAGGAGGAGUAUAGAGCGGAGGGCAUCUCUUGGCACAACAUCGACUACAUUGACAACAGCGGCUGCAUCAACCUCAUCAGCAAGAAGCCCACAGCACUACUCCACCUGCUGGAUGAAGAGUGCAAUUUCCCUCAGGCGUCCAACCAGACCCUGCUGGACAAGUUCAAGCGUCAGCAUGAGGGCAACACCUACAUCGAGUUCCCUGCCGUCAUGGAGCCUGCCUUCAUCAUCCGACACUACGCCGGAAAGGUCAAGUACGGGGUCAAGGACUUCAGGGAGAAGAACACGGACCACAUGCGUCCGGACAUUGUUGCCCUGCUGAAGAGCAGCGAGAACGCCUUCAUCUGCGGCCUGAUGGGCAUCGACCCGGUGGCCACGUUCCGCUGGGCCGUGCUGCGGGCCUUCUUCAGAGCCCUGGUGGCUUUCAGAGAGGCCGGUCGCAAACACGGCAGCAAGACAAUAGGGAAUGACACCGCAGUUCCCUGUGCCGUCAUGAAGACGGUUGAUAGUUUCAGUUUCCUCCACCACCCUGUUCACCAGCGGAGCCUUGAGAUCCUGCAGAGAUGUAAAGACGAGAAAUACAGCAUCACCAGGAAGAAUCCUCGCACACCUCUGUCAGACCUCCAAGGCACCAACGCCCUGAAUGAAAAGGCCACCUGGGACGGAUACGGUGUCGGGUGUAAUGGCCGGUCCAGCCGGCUCUCCUCCUCCGGGUCCCCUGCUCUGGAAGAAGAUGGCAUUUUCCUGAACUCCACCAACAGCAAACUACUGGAGAGAGCACAGGGCAUCCUACUGAGGAACAAAAACUCCAAAAUCAAACCCUCCCUUCCCAAGAACCUGCUGGACGUGAAGUCUCUGCGGUACCUGAGCAGUCUGACGCUCCAUGACCGCAUCACAAAGUCACUGCUCCACCUGCACAAGAAGAAGAAACCUCCCAGCAUCAGCGCCCAGUUCCAGGCGUCCCUCAAUAAGCUGAUGGAGACGUUGGGUCAGUCUGAGCCGUACUUUGUCAAGUGUAUUCGCUCCAACGCUGAGAAGCUCCCUCUGCGUUUCAAUGACGGCCUGGUGCUCAGACAGCUCAGGUACACAGGCAUGCUUGAGACUGUUCGCAUCCGCCAAUCAGGGUACAGCAUCAAAUACACCUUCCAGGACUUCAUACAGCAGUUUCGUGUCCUGCUGCCACGUGGCACCAAGCCUACCAAGUCUGGCGUAAGGGAGUUCUUCCGACAGAUCCACUUGACUCCUGCCGGCUAUCAAGUGGGAAACACCAUGGUGUUCCUGCGGGAGGCAGAGCGUCAGCGUCUUCAGACCCUCCUCCACCAGGAAGUGUUGCAGAGAAUCGUCACGCUGCAGCGCCGUUUCAGGGCGGUUCUGGAGAGGAAGCAUUUCGUCACCCUGAGACGGACCACCUGCAUCAUCCAGCAAUGGUGGCGAGGCUGCCUGCUCAGGCAGUCAGAGGCUGCCGUUGACCCUGCCAUCCAGGAGGGGGCAGCAGUGUGCUUACAGGCGGCGUGGAGAUGUUACAGGGCGCGGAGGAAGUUCCUGCAGUGCCAAGACUCUGCCCUGGUCAUCCAGAGGUCCUGGAGAAACUGUCUCCACCACAGGACUCUGGCGGCCAUCGUAAUUCAGGCGGCAUGGAGGAGGUUCAGGGAGAGGAGGCAUUACUGCAGGUUCCGCCAAGCGGUGACGUUCCUGCAGGCCUCAGCCAGGGGAUACCUUACACGCCUCAAGUUCAAAGAACUUAAGGAGCAGCAUCUAAGACUGCUACUAACUGUCCAAAUGAGUCCACUAGCCAAAGAGGAGACGGCAGACAGGACGGUGGAGGAUGCUACCCUUUCAACACAGAAAAGUGAAGUGAAAGAUUUCUUGGUGGAACCUGCUGAGUAUUGCAAGCCAGAGCUUAUCGACAUGGAUGAGGUAGAAAAGGAGGAGGAGGAGGAGCGGAACAGGAGCGUGGAUGAGACAAGCCACAGAACCAGGUCCAAACGAGAGAGCCGGCGAAUGAGGGAACUGGAACAAGCCCAGUUCAGCCUGGAGCUUCUGAAGGUCCGAACAACCAGUGUUGGAGGUGGGCUACCAGAAGAGCCUGUCACAGACAGUGCCACCUGUGGGCUGGAGGAUCACCAUAGAUCCUCAGCCUUGGGAAGCUCUGAACUGCUCAGUGUGGAAGAUAUGGAGACUGGGGGUUCUGAAUACUCAAGUUCCCGAGAACCUUCAAACCUGGAAACCUCCCAGACUGAGAUUCAGCUACUGCAACAGGGGCUUCAAGAUUCAAACUCCAAUGAAAAGCCCAUGAUUGAGUCACAAAUUGGGCAGGAGAAUCCUAGAGCGAUGUUUUAUAUCGCUUCAGACCAAAGCCCAGUUCAGGAACCUAAAUUUCAAAACCCCAGUAAACCACAAACAGAGAGGAGAGAGUCUUCUUCUCGGAGGCCGGUUGUUGUGGUCAUCAGUAUGCAGAAGGAGAGUCCCGUGGAGGAGGAGCUGCAGGCAGCCCACGUCCUGGAGAGGACUUCAUCCCGGUCCCAACUUGGUUCCAUUGCAGGUUUGGAAGUGGGACCAGAGGGAUGGCGUCCUUCAGUGGGUGCUAUCCAGGGAAAAAGAGAAGUGUCAGGGUCCUCCAAUGUUUCCUCUUCCAGCACCCAUGGAGCCACAGCAGAACUCCCAGGGAUCUGCUCCUCGGAGAUGGACAUCGAGAUCGUCUUGGAGCCUAAAGCGCCUGUUCCCCUUUGUCUACCUAGCCAACAGGAGACGAAGGAGGGAAGGCCGGAGCAGGAGGCCCGUGGCGCCAUCCUGGAGACCAAGCCACCGAAGGCCCAGAAGAAGAGCUCAGCACAAACUGUUAUCGUCAACAUGAUGGAAAAACCCUCCAACACCAUCUUCUCCCCACCCAGACGCAAGCUGCCGUUCUCUAAGUCUGAUAAAGAUUUGGUGAACCAGGAAAGAUCUUUGGCCCUUCACAGAGAUGAAGCUACUGCCUUUAAAGGCACCGGUGGAUCCAGAAACAAAGAGGUUGGGCGCCCUGGUCCAAAAAAGAAAGCUCGUAUGUCCCGGACUCGCUCCGACUUCCUCACCCGCUGUAAUUCUGAGGGGGCGACCCAGUCGGACGACGACGAUGAAUACUACACCCCUGUCCUCUCCCACACGCUGACCCCCCCCCUGACCCCCCUGUAUGCCCACCCUGAGGCUGACUGUCACAGUGACUCUGAGAUGCCCUCGCACAAAGAGCAGAAGAAGAUCCAUAAGACCAUGUCUUCAGGAGACCUGGGAAAAGUGGAGGCCCUCAGAAAGACCUCAAGCCAGGACGGGAGUAGGAUGAGAGGGAAGAUGCGUUUCUGGAGCAAGACCAAGCACAGUGACAAAAAGCUGUGGAGAGACAAACAGUCGGUCAGGAGUGAGGCUGGAGACGCAGACGAUGGGACGUCCCCCCAGCACAGUCCCGACCUCGGCGCUCCUCCGCGGGGCUGCCGGGAGAGUAAGGAGAACAAGGAGCCGUCGCCCAAGAUGAGGAGGAGGCGCAGUGUGAAGAUCAGCAGCAUCGCUCUGGAGCCUGCCCAGUGGCAGAACGACGACCUGUACAUCCUCACCUCUGCCCACGACUACCGCACCAUGAACGACUUCCUCAUGAAGAAGAUGGCAGACCUGGAGUGCAAGGAUGGGAAGAAGGACACCAUGGUGGAUGUGGUCUUCAAAAAAGCCCUGCGGGAAUUCAGGAUCAACAUCUUUAAUUCCUACUCCACUGCCCUGGCUAUGGACGAUGGGAAGAGUAUCCGGUAUAAGGACCUGUACGCCCUGUUUGAGCAGAUCCUGGAGAAGACCAUGCGUCUGGAGCAGAGGGACUGGAGCGAGUCGCCCGUCAAGGUUUGGGUCAACACCUUCAAGGUCUUCCUGGACGAGUUCAUGCUCGAGUACAAGCCCAUGCAGGGGACCGUCGGCAGGGCUCCUAAACCAGAGCGCAAGAAGAGGAGGAAAAAGGAGACGGAUAUUGUAGAGGAACAUAGCGGCCACAUCUUUAAGUCGACUCAGUACAGCAUCCCGACCUACUGUGAGUUCUGUUCUUCCCUCAUCUGGAUGAUGGACCGAGCCUGUGUCUGCAAAUUGUGUCGUUACGCCUGCCACAGGAAGUGCUGCUCCAAGAUGACAACCAAAUGCAGUAAGAAGUACGAUUUGGAGUUGUCGUCCCGGCAGUUUGGCAUAGAGUUGUCCCGUCUGACCGGGGAGGAGCGUGUGGUGCCCCACCUGGUGGAGAAACUCAUCAACUACAUAGAGAUGCACGGCCUGUACACUGAGGGCAUCUACAGGAAGUCUGGCUCCACCAAUAAGAUUAAAGAGCUGCGCCAGGGGAUGGACACAGAUGUGAACAGCAUGAACCUGGACGAGUACAACAUCCAUGUCAUCGCUAGCGUUCUCAAACAGUGGCUCCGUGACCUGCCCAGCCCUCUGAUGACCUUUGAACUUUACGAGGAGUUCCUUAGGGCCAUGGGUCAGCCCGACAAGCGGGAGGUCAUCCGAGGGGUUUAUUCUGUGAUCGACCAGCUCAGCAGAACCCACCUUGGUACGCUGGAACGCCUCAUCUUUCACCUGGUCAGGAUUGCUCUUCAGGAGGAGACAAACCGGAUGUCGGCUAACGCGCUGGCCAUCGUGUUUGCUCCAUGCAUCCUGCGCUGCCCCGACACCAUCGACCCACUGCAGAGCGUCCAGGACAUCAGCAAGACCACAGCGUGUGUCGAGCUGAUCAUAAACGAACAGAUGAAUAAGUACAAGGCUCGUCUGAAAGACAUCAACAGUCUGGAGUUUGCAGAAAACAAAGCAAAAAGCAGACUCACGUACAUCAGAAAGUCCAUGAAACCUGUACUAAUUGCUGUUAGGUUUAUGAGCAUAACCCGCACUACCACCCCGCCUAACACAGCUAAACUGAAGAGCAAAGGUCGUGUGCGGUGGAACAGCACCCAUACCUCUUCGCCGCCCUCCAGCCCUCGGGGGACCCCGGUGGGGGAUGGAGAGAGCACAGGGGGAGGAGUGGUCGGUGGGGAGGAAGGAGAGGAGGCGGGGCUUAGCGAGCAGCAGCAAUUGGCCAUGCAGCAGGAGGAGCGGGUCCUGACAGAACAGAUCGAGAGUCUGCAGAGAGAGAAGGAGGAGCUGACCUACGAGAUGUUGAUCUUGGAGCCCAGGGCGUCAGAUGAUGACACUCCAGAGUCUGAAGCCUCCAUCGGCACGGCAGACAGCACUGAGAAUAUCACCAUGGAAACCGGAGGAGCGACCUCCGACCCCACUGAGCGAGGAGCAUAUCGCUCCAGGAGGUCGGAGGUCAAGACUCGUCGUGCUCUGCGGCGUCAGCCCGACUCCCAGGACUCCACUGACUCUUGCUCCACCUUGUCCUCCUCCUACCACCCCUCCUCCUCUCUCUCCUCCAAUGCCUCUGGCUCCCCGUCCCCACACUACCGUUUCCGCUCCUCCUCCUCCGGGCCCCUGCUCUCCUCCUGCUCCUUGGGAGCCCCGCUGGCGGAUGCCGAGGGGGGGCGAAAGGCCGGGAAGUGCCGCCACCGACUCCGGCUGAGCCGCAGUUCACCCCGUGAGCCCCUGGACGGCCACCGGAAGGAGCCGGACUUCAGCUCGGCGCCACAGCAGCUGGUUCUGUAUGGCAGCAACGAGUUCAUGGUGUGAAGCUGA